AUGGAUAUGUCCCAGUUAGCCGCUGCUAGUCACAGCCAUGAAGUGAUGGUCGACGAAGGCGAUGACGAAUGCGACAUGGAGCAGGAGCAAACUAUCACUACCGCACAACUAGAUGGAAUUCUGACAGAAUUACAACACCUGAGAGAACACAACAAUAAACUGAAGAAAAUAAAUGAUGAGCUACAGACAGCCAUCAACAACAUGAACAACGUGAACAACAUGAACAACGUGAACAACAUCAACAACUGUAACAAGAGCGGAAUCCUCACAGACUCCGACUCGGACUAUCCCUCAUUGGGGAAAAAACGUCACAAGGAUUCGUCGAGCCCAUCGCCCACAAAGACGAAGAAGAAGAAGAAGACCAACACCACACCAUCAUCAGCAACGUCAACGUCAACAAAGGCAGCGGCGUCGGCAGCAGCAACGUUAGCCGCUGCUAGUCACAGCCAUGAAGUGAUGGUCGACGAAGGCGAUGACGAAUGCGACAUGGAGCAGGAGCAAACUAUCACUACCGCACAACUAGAUGGAAUUCUGACAGAAUUACAACACCUGAGAGAACACAACAAUAAACUGAAGAAAAUAAAUGAUGAGCUACAGACAGCCAUCAACAACAUGAACAACGUGAACAACAUGAACAACGUGAACAACAUCAACAACUGUAACAAGAGCGGAAUCCUCACAGACUCCGACUCGGACUAUCCCUCAUUGGGGAAAAAACGUCACAAGGAUUCGUCGAGCCCAUCGCCCACAAAGACGAAGAAGAAGAAGAAGACCAACACCACACCAUCAUCAGCAACGUCAACCAACGACAUCAAGAAUAAAAAAAAAGACUUGACCCUCUCCUUUGAGGACUUCAACAAUGAUACCAUUGACGCCUUCGGGAUGGAUAUCAUGUCAUGUCUAAAAAUAAUGCAAUCCGUAACAAAAAAAUAUGCCAACACCAAAAACAGCGGCAACUCAAAAGCAGUUAAACAACAAAUCAUACUAGACUUUCUAUUCCAAAUGUCCAUGACAUAA